UCACUGACGAGAGCGAUCAGAAGAGCGCGCGUGCGGUUGUUGUUCGAGCGUCGCGCGCGGCGGAGGAGUAGUUUCGGAAGAGCCGGGAAUCGCUGAAGCCUUUUGGAGCUCCGAUCGGCGGCGGCCGGUUCCGAGGGGACUGUGAAGGGGUUCUAGGUGGAGAUCGGAUUCCGAGCGGGGGGAAGAUGCCUCAGGUGAAGAUAAUCGCCAGGAACUUCAUGGACAUGGUCGCGGCCCUGCCCGCCAUGAAGCUCGACCAUCUUUACCAGAACGCCUUCAUCUGCGAAGCGAUUCUCAGGUCGUUGCCCCCUUUGGCGAAGAAGUACGUGGUACAAAUGUUGUACAUCGAAGAGGCAGUGACGGCCAAGUCAAUGGAGGAGUGGGUAGUUCCAGAUGGAAUCUCCAAGCAUAAAGUUGCGAUUGACCGGUUGCUGCAGUUGAGGAUUUUCUCCGAGACAUUCGACAGAAGUAGUGGUACCAGCUACAGCCUAAAUCCAACCUUUCAGACUAACCUCCAGAAACACAUAACCUGUGGAGGAGUUUUGCCAAGGGAACCAAUGCCAUUAAACGUCACUGCCAGGCUCCCAAGCUUGGAGGAUCUCGAGGCCUAUGCUCUUGAACAAUGGGAGUGUUUUCUUCUGCAACUUAUAAACUCAGCCCAAGCUGAAAAGAUGACGAAUAUAAGCCCUUCUAUGAUGAGAAUCUUCCAAAGGGGACUUCUAACUCAGAGGGACAAAGAACCUCCUAGGUUAACUGAGAGUGGCUUCCAGUUCUUGUUGAUGGAUACAAAUGCACAACUUUGGUACAUCAUCAGAGAAUACAUAUCAAAUUCUGAGGAGCGAGAUGUAGAUUCAGCCGAUCUAAUUUCAUUUCUGCUCGAGCUUAGUUUUCACGUAACGGGAGAGGCAUAUAACAUGAAUACAUUGACUGAAGUCCAGAGGAACACACUCAAGGACCUUGCUGACUUGGGCUUAGUCAAACUUCAACAGGGAAGAAAAGAUAGUUGGUUCAUACCAACCAAAUUAGCUACUAAUCUCUCCGUGAGUUUGACUGAUUCGUCAUCCCGAAAACAGGGAUUUGUUGUUGUGGAAACAAAUUUUAGGAUGUACGCAUACUCGACAUCUAAGUUACAUUGUGAAAUUCUGCGACUUUUCUCAAGAAUUGAGUAUCAGCUCCCAAACCUUAUAGUCGGGGCUAUAACUAAAGAAAGCUUGUAUAAUGCAUUUGAGAAUGGGAUCACAUCAGAGCAGAUUAUUUCUUUUCUCCAACAAAAUGCGCAUCCCCGUGUAGCAGAGAGAAUACCAUCUGUUCCCGAAAAUGUUACAGAUCAGAUUAGAUUGUGGGAAUCAGAUCUUAACCGGGUUGAGAUGACUCCUGCACAUUUCUAUGAUGAAUUCCCUUCUCGGGAUGUCUUUGAGGGUGCCUGCGAUUUUGCACGGGAGUACGGUGGUUUGUUGUGGGAGGAUUCAAAGAAGAUGAGGCUAGUAGUGAAGACAGAUGUGCACAUGCAUAUGAGAGAGCAUCUUCGCCGCCAAAGGCAAUGAGCCAGAACUUUAUUGCUUAUAUGUGAUUGAAGUUUGAGAGUGACAUGUGAAGCAAAUCUAAUCCGACGACAGCCCCGAUGGAUGUGCUGAAAAUAGAUUGCGGAAAUUAUACUGUCACAUUUCAGAAUUGUUGAUUUUGCUCCAAUAAGCGUAUAAGUGGAUACACAAGAUCAGCAAAACUGGGGAGCGAUCUCAAUUACAGUUGAAGAUGAUUGCAAUUUGAUGCCUCGCGAUGAUCGGGAAGGGAAAGCAGCAUAAAAAUUGUAUAAUCAGAGCUAGUGUAACAUCAUGAAGCGGGUUACUUAAGAAAACUUUGAGUCGACCUGUGAAGUUUUGAAAAAGGAUAACUUAUUUGAUCAUGUAAAUGAGAUUGAGGAUGGUUCUCAUAGCAAUGGAAGGUGUGGAUUGCUGUCA